AUGGGCAAGAUGAAGCCGUUGGCUGCUGUUGUCCUUUUGUUUUCUUGGCAUCUCCAAAAGGGAAACCGAAAAAUGUCCGACUCCUAAGAUGAGAUGAGCCCAUUUUCCGGGGGGCCCAACUUUUUCAGACACAUCCGCCGGCCAAAGAGACGGAAGCCAUGGGCUGCUUCCGCAGCCUCUCGCUCUACGUGGCCUGCUGCCGCGACCAAGCCCCUCCCUCCUGGGCGGCGUGCGAUCCGGCGGAAGCAGACGCCUGCUGCGGCGCUGCGGGCCAAAAGGAGUUCCUGGGCCUGGUGGCCUCCGUGCCCGUGGAGAGCUCCGAGCAGCCGCGGGCUGUGGAGGUUCUGUGGCACUUCCUGCGGGACAUCGACCCUUGGAGCCUUGAUGCCUGGCGCCUCUUCGCGUCGAUGGGGGCGCAAAGGGCCAACCAGCAGGUCUACGACUUCAAGAGCCGCCUGCGGGGCUUGUUGUCCGCAACUCCUUGGAGGGAGGUGGAGGACAUGGCCAUGGAGCACAGCCGCCUGUGCGCUCGGAGCAUGCUCCGCAUCGAGGUCUUCCAGCAGUUCUGCCUCUGGCGCCUGGCGACUUCGCAGGGUAAAAUGGUGGUCGAGCUGGAGCCCGAGGAGUGUGAGAUGUCGCACUUGGCGGAGGUCUACCGCGUCACCGCGGCCAACCGCGACUUCUUGGCCUACCAGCUGCUCCCAAGCCUCCGGACGCCGCGCUUCGCACCACCUGCAGCGUCCGUGUUUGUGGGCCCGGUGGUCUUGCAAGUGGUCUGCCUGGGCCGCGGAGUGGCCCGGCAGGGGAUGGCCAUGCUGCGCCAAGCGCUGAAGUUGCGCUCCUCCUGGGCCCUGCGGAUCUUCGUGCUGUCGGAUGCGGAGGGCUGGGCGGACUGGCAACAGGCGGUCGAGGAGCUUCGGACGGAGGUGUCGCUAGAAGGCGUCAGCUUUGAAGCGGUGCAUUUUGAGCGGAGCCCGCAGUUCCAAGCCUACCUGAGAAAGUACCCGGCGGAGUGCAUGUUUCAGAAUGCUGUCGAGAGGGCAAUGUUGGCCCGAGUGCUUUGUCAUGAGCUGCUUCCAAACGACAUCAGCCACGUGAUUUCCAUGGAUUUGGGUGAUGUUUUGAUUUUGGAGGAUCUCUGGCAUCUCUGGGUCCUGCAGGAGGAGUCAUCGUCCACAUCUUUGCUCCAGGCGUCCCUUGCUGGGGCGCUGCAUCACGUGAACGCGGGGGUGGUGCUGUACCACACAGCGCGCAUGCGCGAGGCCAACUUUACCGAUCUCAGCCUGCAGGCGGCGCACGCGGCCUUUGAGCAGGGCAAGCAGCACGCGGCAUCGCUGGAGUGCCCCAGGGACCAGGCGAUACUGAACCAGCUGCACGAGGACGGCACGGCAGUCAUCGGCUUUCUCCCGUGCCGCUGGUCCCUGUUCCCCGUGGUGGACUGGCACCCCGCCUUCCUUUCGCGCACGGAGACCCGCGCGCUGUGGCGCCCGGAGCUCUUCGAAAGGCUGAGGUACCCGGGGCUUCUUGCCGCGGAGCACGUGGAGUUCCACUGCCCCGAGGCAGCGGAGCUUUUGGCAGCCUUUGCCUUCUUGCCCGGCUCGGAGAAAGGCCCCGGCAAGGUGCAGCAGCUGGCGGCGCUGGCGGAGGCGGCGGCGCGGCCCGAAGUGCGGCACGGCUGCGCCUGCGGGGAGAGGGCGAGCUUGGCGCACGUGGCCGGGGAUCUCAAGGCCUGGCCGGCCAUGCGGCGGUUCCUGGCGGCGGGGAGGCCAGGCUUGGAGGAGGAGGAGGGCCUUCCGAGCCCCAGCCGGCAGUGGUGGGGCGGAGCCGCGCGGAGCAGCCGGCUCAGGGAGCAGAGCCAGCAGCAGCUCUUCCUCAUGGCGAAGCAGCAGGGCCUGGACUACGUGACGCAGGUGGGCGCGUCCUGGUGCCACACGAUGUGGACCACGCCGCGGGUUUACCACGCCGCCCGCUUGGAGGUGACGAAGGAGGACCAGUUGGAGAUCGAAACCACCGCCGCGCGGCUCCGCGUGCGGCUGACGCCGCUGACGCCUACGGCCUCGGCUGCGCUGGAGGUGACUUUGCGCACCGCAGACCUCACGCUGGACGUGGCGUCUGACGGAGACGCGGCCGGAAGGCAUCGCCUGAGUUGGAGCGCGUGCCUGGAGCGGGAGUGGGUACUGACAAGGUGGCGGCUGUCCGCUUCGCUUGUGGAGCUCUGUGGUGCCUCGCUGCACCUCAACGCAUCGCUCGGCUUCCCCUUGGGUUUGUGGGUGGCCAGCGAGAGCGAGUCCGCACGCUGGGCCGUUUGCGUGAAAAGGAAGUGGGCGCGCCAUCUUCUGGUGCUGCUGGGCAUCGUUUUGCUGGUCUUCGUCUUUGACUCCUUGGUCUUUGGCUCGGUUCCACUGAGCCUGAAGCAGUUCCAGUGGAGCGCCUGCGACUUGGUCAUCAGCUUCCUCCUGGGCGCGUGCGCGCUGCAGGCAUACCUCCUCAAACGAAAGUCGCCAGAGGCCAGGACAGAGAAAGAGGAGAAGGAGAACGGCAAUGGGAAGCCGCCGGCCAAAACGAUGAGCAACAUCAACAGGGAGCUGGACCGAGUGUCGCAGCAGGGGGCGAAGCAGGUGGAGGCGCAAGGGCGCCAGGCCGUCCUCCGCAAGUUUGAGGGUGUGCCAGGGGCCCUGGAUGCCUUGAGCUGCUCUGCUCAACUUUCGGCCCCGGCAUUUGCCUGGGAUGGCUGGGCUUGCUACAAUCUGGUGAUCCGCGCGCACGCCAAGGAGGGCAACCACAAGCGAGCCGGGGAGUGGAUCAUGCGCAUGGAGGCCAUGAAGGCAAAUCUGAAGGUUUGCUUUGACCAGGAGCGGGGCAUCAAGGUCUGCAGCUACAACACCCAGCUGGACGCCUGCGCCAAGGCGCAGAACGCCGAGGCCUGCGAGCGCUGGCUGCAGCGCAUGCUGGACCAGGCUGAGCCCAAGAUUCGCUUUCGGCGGCGCGGCGGCGGGUCUCGUCUCGACGUCCGGUCUCGUCGAGGUGGCAGCAGCGGAUGGUGGCCAUGGGCGUGGAGCCGGACACGGAAGGGCAACCUUGAGGAGGCGGAGGCGUGGAUGGAGGAGAUGCAGCAGAAGGGGCUGGAGCCCAGCGUCACCACCUUCGGCGCUCUGAUCGACGCCGCGGCGAAGGCCGGGGACUUGGACAAGGCGGAGCUCUGGAUGCGAGACAUGCUGCACCGAGGCAUCGAGCCCUCGGUGGUGUCCUUCGGCGCGGUGAUGAACGCCUGCGCCAAGGCCAGCAGCUUGGAGCGGGCGGAGUUCUGGCACCAGGAGAUGAUCGAGGCCAAGGUGAAGCCCAAUGUGAGAUGCUACGGUGCCAUCAUCAACGCUUGCGCAAAGGUGGGCCAGGCCGAGCGGGCGGAGAAGUGGCUGCUGCAGCUGGAGGCCAGUGGCCUGCGGGGCGACGCCAUCGUCUACAGCUCCGUGAUCGACGCCUGCGGCAAGGCCGGUGACUGCGAGAAGGCGCUGGAGGUCUUCAAGCGCAUGCGCUCCAGGGGCGUUUCACCCCACGGCGUGACCUACGCGUCGCUGGCCAAGCCCUUUGCCUACCGGGGUCACUGGGAGGUGGUUGAGGAGCUGGGCGCCAACAUGCAAGAGCAGGGCCUUGCGCCCAACGAGUACCUGGUGUACAUGAGCUUCAGGUAG